AUAAAGAGAACCGCCUCAGUUUCUUUUCACACAAAUUGACAAACUUUCCCGGCCUUCCACAUGUCUCCACAAAUAGUCGAAAGUGAAAGUGAAAGGAGGUCUGGGAAUUAUGCUCCUAAGGUUUGGACGGAUGAAUUUAUGCAAUCACAAACUAGUGUGUAUCUGGACCAAAAAUACUUGGAGCAAGCUGCAAAGCUGAAGGAAAGUGUGAGGGCAAUGUUGGAAACUAGUGCGACGAAGCCAUUGGAGCAACUGGAGCUUAUUGAUGCCCUUCAAAGACUUGGGCUGUCGCGUCAUUUUACUCAUGAAAUAAACAACAUCCUGGCAAGCAUGCACGUACAUAUUGAUAAGCACCAAAACAAUGGCAGUAGUUUGUACGAAACAGCUUUACUGUUUCGGUUGUUGAGACAAGAAGGCUUCCAAAUUGCCCAAGAAAUCUUCAAGAGUUUCAUGACUGAGGAAGGAAGUUUUGAUGUGAAGCUUUGUGGGGAUAUUAAAGGAGUGUUAAGUUUGUACGAAGCCAAAAAAAUGGAAAGCAUCAAUGUUCCUGACUCUGGACCUCAACCCUCAACUCAAGAGGGACAUGGAGGACAAGCCCAAGGCACUGAGAAUCCUGCUCAGUAG